CCAGGCAGGUGGAAGCAGCCACACUGGGGGACAAGGAGCACACUGCUAGUUCUGGGGAAGCUCCAUCCCUCCCAGAAUGAAGCGAUACAGGUGCUGACUCUCCCUGGUGAGCUGACCACCGGGAUCUGGACUGCAGCCAGGAGGUGAAGAACGAGAACGUGCAGAAGAGCCCAGGCUUUCGAACUCAAUUUUGGCAGUUGGAGAGAAAUUCUCUUUUCCCUUUCCUUCUUCGCGGCUCUUUUGUUUUCCGCAGCCCGACAGAAGAGGCUUCCAGUAAGCGGCAGGGGUGGGGGCAGAGCCCACCCGCACAAAGGCAGCUCCCCACGGGCUGUGUGACCGCUGUCACGCUUUUUCGCUCAAAUCAACGCCAGCGGAGGAUGACGUGAGGCUGGUGCUCCCCGGCCCCGGGGCUGAUUGGUCCCAGCUCAGGUUUGAACGCCAAGGUGUCCUGGCAACGAGAAGCAGAGGAGCCAGACUUUCCCGUCCCCACUCGGCUCCGGGAGCGCAGCGGGUGCUGGAGAAAGGCAGGCAUCGAGGGCGAGGAGCAGCGCGGAGGGCCCUUGGCCCUCCUCCAGGCAGCCUGUCCUGCAAUGAGCCAGUGCACCUGAGGCCCGGCAACCGUGGGGAUGGAGCUGAAGGUCUGGGUGGAUGGGAUCCAGAGGGUUGUGUGCGGUGUCUCAGAGCAAACUACCUGCCAAGAAGUGGUCAUUGCCCUGGCACGGGCCAUCGGUCAGACGGGCCGCUAUGUGCUGGUGCAGAAGCUGCGGGAGAAGGAGCGGCAGCUGCUGCCGCUGGAGUGCCCCCUGGAGUCGCUGGCCAAGUGUGGGCAGUACGCCAACGAUGUGCAGUUCAUCCUGCGGCGGACAGGCCCCAGCAUGGCCGAGCGGCCCUCCUCGGAGGGCGCUCCGCAAGCUCCUGAGAGGACGUUCAUCCGGGCCAGUUUGCCCAUCAAGCCCAGGCUCGCCAGCAUGGAUGCACCCCGUUCUCGGGAGCCAAAAAAAUCCAUGACCUUCAACUUGGGUCCUACAGGCUCCAGUGACCCAUUCACCGUGAGCCGAUGGAGGCAGCAAACACGGGAAGGAAUAGACUUGGAGGGUGGUGGGAUUGUCCAACCCUCCAAAGAGGAACUGUUUAGGAGGGUGCUGCAGCAGCAGGAGCAGCUGCAUUCCUUGGAGGCCCAUGGGGACACCCUGGAAAUGGACCUACGGCUCUGGGAGUGCGGCCGGCUUGCCGGCCAGGAGAAUGAGAUCCUGUAUCUGGAGCAACUGGUACGAAGGAAUGAGACAGAGCUGGGCGAGGAGGAAUUUUGGCAGAGCGAGCUCCGGCUGGAAAAGGAGUGUGAGCGAGAGCGGCAGGAGCGGGUUAGAAGCCUGCGGGCCAGCCUGGAGGAGUACACCCAGAGGAUCUAUGAGCUGAGUGCCCGGACUGAAGCCCUGCAGGAGGAGAUCCAGUGGGAGAUGGCUGAGAGGGCCAAGAGGGGAAAGGAGAUCUCUGUGCCCAGCCCCAUAGAGCUGGAGGACAUGGCCACCAAAAUGAAAAGGGACCUGGAGGCCAAGGUCAAGCAAGGCACCCAGCUGGAGAGCAACCUGGCCAGUGUGGAGAAGGCCCUGGAGGAAGCUGAAAAGAACCUGCAGGCCCAGACCCAAGAGCUGGAGGAAUUAAAUAAGGAGCUGAGGCAGUGUAAUUUGCAGCAGUUUAUUCAGCAGACGGGGGCCACGGUGACUGUCCUGCAGGCCAGGUCUGAGGAGGAUGCCCAGCCGGAGCCGAGCCUGUGCGAGCUGCCAGCCUACCGGAGAAACGGAGGUUUUCCUCCCACCGCUGGUACUGACUCGCCUCCCCGAGUCAGCACCAAGCAGCUCCUCAGCCAUCCCAGGACCCUGCCGGAGCCCCUGGUGUCCAGCCUGAACCCCGAGGAAAACACCAGUGCUCCCAUUCUGCAUAGCCUCCUCAGAAGACCCAUCAUGCAUUUGGAAAAGUCCUUGUUCCUUUGACUAGGAGAGCAGAGCUGUGGUGGAGACCUGCCUGGAGACUCACCUGGAUGGAGCAAGUUAACCGAUUUUGCAGCAUCUCGUCGCAGCAAGCAGGGCCAUGACAAAUAGCCUCCUCACUGACUGCAGGGAAGGCACAAGAGCAGCUUUAAGACAAAUUUCUGCCCUCUCUUUUUUAAUAUAUAUAUUAUAAGAAACCUGUAGUAGAAGCCCAUUUUCCAUGGUGCCAUGGACUACGCUUCAAGGGAGCAAUGGAGCACAGAGCAGGAGCUUGUUUUUCUCAUAUGCACUUAGAUUUUCAACUUGUUUUUAAAAUAAAAAAUUGCAGAAUGAGCCCUUCCCCAGUGGUGGUGUGAGUGGGGAGCAGGACCAAAACACUCUUAGUGACAUUUCCCAUUUUUUUUUUUUUUUUAUUAUUAUUCUUUUUUCCCCCCCUUGAUGGCCAGUAGCUACUAUUUUGUUCAUCUGUCCUCUGUCCCAGUGGGUCGCCUUGUAUUUUAAUUGCAAAACCAAAGCGGUUUGGGAUGAGUUUGUCCAGAUCUCCAAGCCUGUUUUCAACGCGUCAUAUGCAAAAAACGUGACUUGGUCACAGCGUUCACCAUAAAAUCCUGCUUUCCCUGUGCAAAUGUAAUCCUGUGUGCCGCAGAUCCACUUUUCAAUAAAUCUUUGGGAAAGGAUUUGAGCCAAGUGAGCGUGCUGUUGUGGGCAGGGUGAGCUGUCCCUGACAGCUCCUGGUCCCGUGCCUGACGGACACAUCUGAGCUGUUUGUCCACCCUGCAGCUGCCUCUUUCGUUUCCAAGCCAUCUCUUUCUAUUUGCUGAAUUAAAGCUGUAAGUAUUUUAUAACCAACUGAAUCUUAUGCACACAGUGCUCUUUUUUUUCUUUUUUUUUUUUUUUUUAAAUCACAAAGUGCUUUACAGCCGGCAGAUGCAGCUUGUCUCCAGUGAGAUGUGGCCAUCUCUGGGAUGAAACAUGACAACCUUUUAAUAAUGCACAGCAGCAGCUCGGAGCAUUUUAGGACAGGAGGCAAAGGGGAUGGUGCUUGUCUGCAAAUAGGAGCAGGUAAGGGGAAACCUCCCAUUUGCCUUCAAGUCGCUUUGUCUGCACCUGGAUUACAGCAGCCAAGAAUAUCAGCUCUUGCUGUUUAUCGGCAUCUCCCCUGAGACUCUGCUGGGCUGUGUCCCCAGAGACAUGCCCCUCUCAAAGCCAAUUUUCAAGGUGCUACCACAGCCACCAGGUUGGUCAAGUGAUACUGAAGGAUUAAAGUUUGUUUUGUUGGGAGAUCACUGGUACAGCUGUGACUCAGGUUACCACUGGAGAGCUGUGGCAGUGGGGAGAUGCAAUUUCAAAGUUGUCUUUUUUCAACUGGGACUUUUGGGGUUUUCCUUUGGGGGUUCUUUUUCAAGUUUCUCUUCCCCCCCUCUCCUUAAACCAUCUAUCUCAGGGAAAUUAGUUAAAAAUUUAUUUGCUCCAUGCAGCUGCAUCUAGUUUCUCCCAUUUGCCUGCUUUUUUGGACUUUGUGCACUCAUUUGUUUGGAUUCUCUUGCUUUUUAAAAAGAUUCCACCUUGCUAAGGGAAGUGGAGGGUGAUGGAGGUUGCAAAGAGCAUUUCAGUGCUGCUUGGGAAAAACACCCAAGAAGUGGGUUCAGAAAACUCGCUUGCCUUGGAUAUGGAUAGAUUUUGGGGUGUUAUGGGAAGUCCUCUGCAUGCCCUGAAAAACUGACCUCUGCAGGUUAAAAACUGGAUCUCUCAUUUUUGGGGCUAUAUCUGUAGUCUUGCCUUCUGCAGAAUAAAUGGUAACGAAGAGAAAAAGGUCAUUGCUUACGGCACUUCCUAUUGGGAAAAACGGGAGCAGAAAAUUAAUUUGAAUCUGAUUUGGGAGGUGGGAUUUUGCCCUGUUAUGAUUAUAUAUUAUUUAUUGUUGUUGUGGGUUACUUCUGUUUAGUCAUGAUCUCACAGACCAAGCCAGCACCAGUCUUUCCUGGAGGAAGGUGUGGGAGGGUAUGGAAAAUAAAGGUUUAAAAUAUAUAUAUCACAGCAGAUUUUGGCCCUUCAGCUGAUGCCCCUUGGCUGGGAUGCAGGAUUUGGAACUGUUGCGUGGGAUGGGAGACAGUGUAACUCAACUGUGUCCCCCACUGAGGUCUGAUAAUCAGGCAGGGGUCUAGGAACAGUGCCCUGGCCAGGGGCUAACUCGUGUUUUUUUCAGCUCGAGACUGUGGCACUUUGCAGAUUUUCUUCAUUUUAUGUCCUACAAACGAUCGCCCAGCUGCUGCCUAGGCAGCAGUGUUUUGUAAGGUAAUAAAUUACCUUGAUUAACACCUCUGUCCCUGCUGUGGUGCACGUGGCAGCAGGGAGAGAGGCGUUAAUCGAACCCACACAUUACCUCAGGAGCUCCCCAGCCGUGGGUGACCUAUAUUCCUCCCGGCACAGGGGGCCUGCGAUGGCAGGGCGAACGUGCGAGCCCCCGCGUGUUAUUUAACUGAGUGAGGCUCAAUACCCACUCUGGCUCCCCCGCCCUCCCGCUUUUAUCUGCUCUAAAGCCUGUGUCAAUAAUACAUUUCUGCCAUUGAAUAUUUUAUUGAUGGUUUGACUUUUUUUGCUGCUCGCAAUUCCCAUUUCAAGGCUGCGUGAUUGUUCCUAAUUAAAAUUUUAUGCCCUGGGACAAGCCUUCUUGCUACAGUGGAGAUGAUGCUGUCCUUUUCUAGGCCACUACAGAGCAGUAGGAAGGAAUUACCCAUUGUUAUGAGAUUAAAACAAAGCAAAUAAAUUAUUGUUUUUCCCUUGAAAAACAAACCCAAAGCCCAGCGUACGAUGCGUACUGGAGAGGGAACAACUGGCUUGCGGGCAAGGCAGGGAUCCAAGCGUACAGGGUGGCUCGAGGAUGC